AUGAGCUCAGCUCACCCUGAUAAGAUCAUUAUAGUUGCCUCUUACAACACUCGUUGUUUACGGACCUUAAAUGUUGGCAUCAAUUUCACAAACUCUUAUCUUCUGCAGGUACGAGGUGUUGGAGCAGGAGGAAUUGUCUCCACUGCCUUCUGCAUAUUGUACAAGCUUUACACCCUUCGCUUGACACGUAAACAAGUCACCGGGCUGCUCAACCAUGGGGAUUCUCCUUACAUCCGAGGUUUAGGUUUUAUGUACAUAAGGUAUACACAGCCACCUGCAGAUCUUUGGGACUGGUUUGAGCCUUACAUGGAUGAUGAGGAGGAAAUUGAUGUGCGGGCAGGGGGGGGGCAGACGACGACAGUUGGACAAAUAGUACGUCACAUGCUCUCCAAGUUGGACUGGUACUCCACCCUCUUCCCGCGUAUUCCGGUGCCAAUCCAGAAGGAUCUGGAGAAGAAAUUAGCUGAACGUGCCUCCUGCAAACCAGUAGUUACUGCAGUAUCUGUUAACUCCGCCUCCAACAAAAACGACUGGUACGGCACUAGGGGAGAAGCCGACUCGUGUGCUCGAGAGUCUACACGUACUUAUGAGUCAGGAAACAAAGACUACAGCUCAAGAGACAGAGGAGGUGAGCGUGAAAGAGACAGAGGGAGAGAAUAUGACAGAGACCGAGGCAAAGAUAGAAUAUUUGAUAGAAACUAUGAGAAGGAAAAAGAUCGUGAAUAUGACAAGCGAAACGAAAGGCCGUAUGAGAGGUCUCGAGAACAACCUCGGGAAAAAAAUGGAGAUUAUGAACGCAGUCGUGACCGACACAGAGAACGAGAGAGGGACUAUGACAAAGAAAGGGACCACGACAGAGAGAGAGAUUAUGACCGUCAUCGCCACAGAGACAAGGAGAGGAAGAGAAGUCGUAGUCGAAGCCGGGAUAAGAAACAUCGUCACCGCAGUGACAGAUAUGUGGAUGAUAGAAAUCCUCGAGACUUUGCUGACCUGCUAGAGCGAGAGAAAUAUCGCAUUAAGAAGGAAAAGAAGAAAGAAGGCAGUCGGGAGCACCACCACAGAAGUCGUUCACGCGAACGAGAGCGACGACACCGCUACUGAUCUUCCUAUGCAGUAUUUGUACUACAGAUAAAGAGGAAAUUCUUUAUAUAUUUCCCACAGUUAAUUUUUAAAAGCUCUAGCAUAGUGUCUUGAUCAGUUUAUAAUGAGCUUCUGAAGAAGAUACAUUUAUAAAUACACUUAUUUUGUAAUAAUUAUUUUUAACAUGCUAAUUUUUAAUGAAAAUCAAGUAGCAUGGUCAUCUAUGGCCAUGAUGUUGUCUUUUAUUUCUGCCAUUGGUUUUUGUUUUUAAAAAAUCGUUGGUAGAGCUAUAAAUUGGUUUGCAUUAUCUAUAUAAGAAUAUCUAAAAGAUACUCAUCAUAAAUUUGGUAAUCGGAAGCAUACACGAAAAGUACAGAGGUGUGUGUAACUUUCAAACACCUGGACUACAAGCAGGAUCCAAAAGUUGUCUUUGUUAAAUUAAUUAUCUUAUUAAUGCCAUUCUGCCAUUAUGAAUGACACUUGUCUGAUUACUAAGAACAUGGCUACCUUUCACAGAAUGUUGUUGAGUUUGUCACAAAGACACAUUCUUGUUGCUCCUUAAUUUAAACUUGAAUAAUUACAAAUAAUUAUCCUUGUAAUAUUAUUUUCUAUACAAUAAUAUCUGCAUAACAGAUAACUCAUUCAUAUAUUGAAAUAGGCACUUAAUUCAUUUGUAUGUUUAAACACUAGGAACUCACCUUGUUAGUUGAAACACCAGGAACUGAACAUGUUCAUGAGUUGGGGUCAACCUCUGUACUUUCUAGGUAAUUCCAAGUAACAGAUGUUCUGUGCAUUCACUUAGUGUCAGUGUAAGCUGAAUUUAUCAAAUUUAAUUAUCUUGGUGAGCUAACAUUAUUCCUGUUGGUAUUAGCAAACUCAAAAUUUAAUGACACAUGAUGUGUACACAUCACGUGCCUAUGGUAUGUACACGUGAUGUAUUAAUGGGACAUGUGUACUUGGGUGAUAUGUUGCACAUGUAAACAUGUGCACACACAUUAAGUGCAUACACUGUGCUUUUAAUGCAGUCUUUGACUGUUUAUGUAUUCUGUAUAGAAAAUAUAAAAAAAAGUCAUGUAGUGCAGUAACUUUAUUUUUUAUGGAAUACGUAUAUUAUCUAUGAAUCUUUUCAUCAAGAGAAGACUUUAGAAAACAUUGAUCGUCUUGGAAUCGUCAAUGUUCACGGUUGGUUAGUCUCUUAACUUUGUUUCUAGUUCACAAGAAACACAAAUGAUAUUCAGUGUUAAAUCUCUACUGAAAUUUUGAUUACCAUGACAUGCCACAGAUUUUGUGCAUGGUGUAGUUGUUUAGUCUGAUAAACAGGUUCAAGUGUGCCUGAUAAAAUGUUGGUUAUAUAGAUGGUUUCUGAACAUGGAUAAGAAUUGUGUUACAGAAUGUGCAGAUAUGUACAUGAACUCUGAACAUAGAUAAAAAAUCUGUGCUACAAGAAGUUGUUGGAUAUUUAGAUGAACUCUGAAUAUGGAUAAGAAGUGUGUUAUGAAAUGAUGGGGAUCAUAAUUAUUGUCGAUAAUUAAUAUAAAAGUUUUCACUGGUUUAAUGAAAAUCCUGGGCCUGUGUAAGAGACCAUGACAGUUUAUAGUAAGCCAGAUUACGGGGCCAUAUUUCAUGCUUAAUGAAAUAAAGUUUAAUAACAAAAUAUAAUUUUUCACUUUGAAUGGAGUACCACUCUAUAUUUUGAUUAAUACUCAUGAUCAGAUAGCAUAUCUAAAAAAAAUAAGAUUAUUGUGCCCUUGAGUUAAGUAGAAAGUUGAGAGUAGAAAACUUUUUUUUUGAUCAGUGCUUGACCAUAGAUAGUGGCCAGAUUCAACAAAAGGUGAUUUAGUUGGAGUAGUUGCCAUGGAUAUUAAAUUUGACCUAAGGGUCUGACAAUGUCAGAAAGUCUGUUGGCCUUAGAAGAACACAGCGCUGUAAACAAAGUGGUAGUGGUGAUAGUUCAUCUUGCUUGUUGUGAAAGGCCCUCCAGAAUGUCUUACGUUUGUCAUCAAUUUUCCACAGUUUGCUUAGUAGGUAAUUUAGUUAUGAAAUGAAUAAUAGGCAAGUGCAUAACUAAUAUACUUGUAUGUACGUUGAUUGAGUGACUUCAUUACAUAUUUGUUGCUUUAGUCAUCUGGAUAAUAUUUUCAUGUUUAUGCAAUAAUCAUUUAGUUUUUGGCUUGGAGAUAUAUUGAUCAAUAAUUUUAGAUAAGCAGAUGUAUGCAUACUAUCAUACUAUUGUCUACUGCUGAUUUGUUUACUUAAAGGUACAGGUAUCCCUCACCUUGUGCGAACUAGCUUAAAUACGGUUAUCCCAAUUCUAGCAGUAAUUCACUCUUACAUAAUAGACCCAAGCCCAUCCUCACUUGAUAUUUUAACAAUAUCUUCCUAAUGCCUUCACUGUUAGAAGCCUCAAAUUAAAAAGUGCUGACACAAUUUUUUUAAAUGUUUUUUCUUUCUUAAGGUAAUAACACCAAAAAAUAUGAAAUUUGAUGAAAAACUUAUGGAAUUAUGCAGGCACAAAGUUAGCGGUCUGGGCACAAUUUAUGCAUACAAUCUAUACAUUGGCAAAUUUGCCCUCUUUGAGUAAUAUUUUUAUCCAAUUCCGUUUGACCAAAUUCUAAACUAUUUCACUAGUAUGCCCUCCGUUCUGUUGAUUGAGCACAAGAAACCGCCCAUUCAACUAUCAGAAUGAUCUGAUACAGUGCACUCGGUAGUUAACCAGUUUUACACAAGAAUUUAAAAAAUUCCAGUUUAUAAACAAGAGUCCAAAAUGAACUCUGUAGACAUUCUAGGCACUAAAUCAACAUUCUUCUUUCUUUCAAUGUACCAGCCGCAUCCCACCGAGGUGGGGUGGCCCAAAAGGAAAAACUAAAGUUUCUCCUUUCAAAUUUAGUAAUAUAUAUAGGAGAAGGGGUUACUAGCCCCUUGCUCCCGGCAUUUUAGUCGCCUCUUGCGACACGCAUGGCUUACGGAGGAAGAAUUCUGUUCCACUUCCCCAUGGAGAACUAAAUCAACAUUUCCUCUAUUAAUUAAUCACAUUCUCUUAUAUUACACUUGCCCUCCAUUUUGAAUUUAUCAUGAUGAUAAAUCAAAUAUUUACCUUGCUUCUCAAAUAAUAAAAAUAUAACCAUUAUGGUUUACGGUAUCUUAAUGAUUGGAUCAGACCUAGUAAAAAUCCACAAAACAAGCUGGGUGGAUGUAGCGGAGACCUUACCCAUACUCAGGAAAAUUAUCAAAAAUCUGAUAUUUCUGCUACUUUGAGCCUGAAUUUGGCUUCUAUUCCAUUCAAGCUACUUCUGCUCCUGUAAUCAACUAUUUCAGUAGUAUGUCUUCCAUUAGGUUUGCUUUUGCCAUCAUGCACUG